GACUCAGCUCCAAGCCAAGCUGGAGAACCUAGAGCAGGUGCUGAAGCAUAUGCGCGAGGCUGCUGAGAGGCGGCAGCAGUUAGAGUUGGAACAUGAACAGGCCCUGGCCGUCCUCAGCGCCAAGCAGCAGGAAAUUGACCUCCUGCAGAAGGCUCAGGUCGAGGCAAAAAAGGAACAUGAAGGCGCCGUGCAUUUGUUAGAGGCGAAGGUCAGGGAGUUGGAGGAGCGAUGUCGGACUCAGAGCGAGCAGUUUAACAUGCUGUCGAAGGAGUUGGAACGUUUCAGGCUGCAGGCUGGGAAGCUGGACCUGCUCGGCUCUGGACAGCUGACGGGAGGAGACUCGCCUGACUCGCCCAGCAAAACACCUUCGCUUUGCUCGCUCCUCAAUGGCCUGGGCAAGGGUAGAGAGAGCGUGUGCGGGCACAAGUCCGUGAUCUCGGAGUUCAUUCGACCUCUGCAGAUGACCGAAGGAGAGAAGGCGGAGCUGCUGUCUGUCAAGCCCAGUUUCCUGUCCCGGAGCACGCCCUCCAGCCCUCGGCGAACCUGUCUCUCCGAGAUGGAGAGAGAGCUGAAUCUGUCUCCUCGUGCCAAGCCCAGGUACACGGGAAAGGUCCGGCUGUGCGUCGCCCGCUACAAUUAUAAUCCAUACGAUGGCCCGAAUGAGCAUCCGGAAGCUGAGCUCCCCCUGGUGGCCGGGAAGUACCUUUACGUUUACGGGACCAUGGAUGAAGACGGCUUCUAUGAAGGGGAGCUGCUGGAUGGCCAGCAGGGUCUUGUUCCUUCCAACUUUGUAGACUUCGUCCAUGACAGCGACUUUGCCCUGAGCUCCUGCACGGGCACGGGGACGAGCAGCAGCAGCGGCGUUAGCAGCAUGGGAAUCGGCAUCGAGCUGGGCGUCAUGGGUUCUGGCUCGGCCAACGAGACCCUGGCAUCGUGUGGCACGAGCUCGGGCACGGCCAUGCUGGAUGUGAGCGUGGAUGAAGUCGGAGAAGACGUAGUGCCUUACCCACGGCGCCUGUCGCUCAUCAAACAGCUUGCGAAGAGCGUGAUCGUGAGCUGGGAUUCUCCUCUGGUGCCACCCGGCUGGGGAGCCGUCAGCGGCUACAACAUCCUGGUGGACCAAGAAGUGCGUGCCAGCGUGCCAUGCAGUGCUCGCACCAAGUUUCUAGUGGAGAAGCUGAACCUGGCAUCACGCGCCCACCGUAUUUCGGUGCAGAGCGUGACGGACCGUGGCGUCUCGGACCCACUGCGCUGCACACUGAUGGUUGGGAAGGAUGUAACGGUGGCGCCGUGCCAGAUCCGUGUCGACAAGGUGGCUCAGAACUCAGCUGAGCUCUCCUGGAUGCCCAGCGACAGCAACUACAGCCACGCCAUCUUCCUCGAUGGAGCUGAGUACGACAUGGUCAAACCGGGAGGGUACAAGUACCGCUUCUAUAACCUCAAACCAAUGACUGUGUACAAGGUGCGCGUGGUGGCAAGACCACAUCAGAUGCCCUGGCACUUGUCUUUAGAGGAGAGAGAGAAGAUGGAGAUCACGGUGGAGUUCUGCACUCAGCCUGCUGGUCCGCCGUUCCCUCCGCAAGACGUCCAGGUGCAUUGUGGGACAUCGCCGGGGGUUCUGCAGGUGCACUGGAAACCCCCUCCUCUCUCACCAAGCGGCACCUCCAAUGGCGCCAACGUCAUGGGCUACGUGGUCUGCACCAAAGGUCAAAAGAUCGCAGAGGUAAUGUUCCCCACGGCGGACUACGUGACAGUGGAGCUGAAUCGUGUCCAGUGUCUGGAAGCACGUGAAGUUGUCGUACGCACCAUCUCCGCUCAAGGCGAGUCGCAAGACUCCAACGCUGCCUCUAUCCCACACAACCUACUGCCACCACCGCCCCAGUCCCGCCCACACCCACCUCCCUUCCCCCAAACCUACCCACAGAGCUUCCCCCACGCACAACCAACACCAACGCCAGCCCCACACACACAGCAGUGCCAGCCCUGGGAGCCUCACCAACGAGCCCCGUCGCCCCUGCCACGCCCAACCGCCGGGGGUCACGGCCUGGAGCCGCCAGCACCACCGCCGCAUGUGACCCAGAGGAUCCUGCCCCAGCCUCAGGGAACGCCGAUCUCCAACACAGUGGCGCGCGCCAUGGCGAGGCAGGCGGCUCAGAGACACGGCGCCAACCAUAAGCCGGAGAGAAGGAACAUCUUCAGUGAAAGGAAUAAUACUCCUCACUCCGACGAGGAGGACGAUGUUUACGACUCGCCCCACACCAGGCGGAGAGGAGCCUCAGUGGACGACUUUCUCAGGGGCUCUGAACUGAGCAGACAUCACCACCACUUCUCCCACAGCGAGGAGUACUACACGGAGAGCAGCCGAGGUUCAGAUCUGUCCGACAUCAUGGAGGAGGACGAGGAGGACGUGUACUGCGAGAUGCAGCUGGAGGAAGGCCGCCGGCGGAGCAUCAGCUCACACAACACACUCAAGAUUUUAGGGAACUCUUCCUCCAUGGGACGCUCGGAUCGACUGGAACAGUCCAGCCAUCGGACGAGUCACGGAUGUCCUCCGCCUCAGAGAAGGCCCAUGAUGGUUCCUUCCAUUGGCAGUUACAGAGGACGGGACAGACGCUCACCAGACUACUUUGACGAGUCGGAGCCGGACAACCUGGCGAGGAUUUUUGUAGCUCUGUUUGACUACGACCCCCAGUCUAUGUCCCCAAACCCUGAUGCGACAGUCGAAGAGCUUCCCUUUAAAGAGGGCCAGAUCAUAAAGGUGUUUGGAGAGAAGGACACAGACGGGUUCUACAGAGCAGAAGUCUGUGGCCGGAGAGGUCUCGUCCCCUGUAACAUGAUAUCUGAGAUCGAGACAGAGGACGGCGAGAUGAUGGACCAGCUUCUUCAACAGGGCUAUUUACCACUCAACACACCGGUCGAAAAAAUCGAACGGAACAGAAGGAGUGGACGGCACCCGAUGUCCACACACCGGAUGGUGGCUCUGUAUGACUACGACCCCAGGGAGAGCUCACCGAACGUAGAUGUAGAGACUGAGCUGACCUUCUGUGCUGGAGAUGUGAUAACAGUGUUUGGAGAAAUCGAUGAAGAUGGGUUUUAUUAUGGCGAACUGAACGGGCACAGAGGCCUGGUGCCCUCCAACUUUCUGGAAGAAGUGCCUGACGAUGUGGAAGUUUUCCUUACCGAGCCACAGGAUCACCCAGGCAGGACCAAGAGCAAAAGGGUUCCUGUGGAAAAAGCAGGGGGCUCUCUGAGACGAAGCGCCACCUCCAUGGUGCGCCCACACCUCCAGGGCUCUGGCCCCACCUCUCGAUGGCCCCAAGCCCAACCUAAGAAACAAGGAUUGCUCUCCAGAGGAAAGAAACUGUUGAAAAGGCUUGGUUCUGUGAAAUAGGGGUGGAGUCACUUUUCCAUCUUUCCGCCAUUUCUGUUAAUGGAUUUGAAUGGAGGUGGGAAAGAAGAAACGGGAAAAGUGGGAAUACGAGGGUUUUCGUGACCACUGGCGCCAAACUAGUUGAGCUUUUUAUGCUUUUGAAUGAAAUCUGGGUUUCGUAUCUACCCCAAACAACAACAACAAAAUUCGAUAUCAGGAUCACUAGAAAUAUAGUGUGAGUGGAUAUGUAGUGACAACUUCACACCUCAUUAGCAGA